AUGGAAAACGAAGUUUGUGGCAGCCCUUCGGUCUUCGCCGAAAUGAGCGUUUUUGACGUGGCUCGCAAGGUGAAGGACCAACAGGAUGGGGACGCAGCGUUCUUCGUCUGCGACUUGAGUGACCUGGAUGCCAAGAUGAAACAGUGGCGUCAAGAGCUGCCCAAUGUCACGCCAUUUUAUGCUGUGAAAGCUUGCGCAGAUCCCGUGGUGCUCCACGCCUUGAAUUCUUAUGGAAUCGGCUUCGACUGUACCAACAAGCCGGAAAUGAUGACCGUGCUCGACGUAGGCGUAACUCCCGACCGCGUCCUGUGCGCUUGCACGAUCAAGUGUCCAUCGCACCUCAAGUUCGCAUCCGAGCAUGGCGUCAACAUUGUGACUUUUGACUCGGCCGAAGAGCUCGUCAAGAUGAAGGAUCAGAACGCCAGAUUCCUGUUGCGCAUUGAAGGCAGCACCACAGGUAGCAAGGUCACGAUGAAUGAGAAGUUCGGAGCCCGACUUGACGAGGUGGAGGGCAUUCUGCAAGUUGCUCUGAAAAUGGGUCUAAACGUGGACGGAGUCGCGUUUCACGUCGGCGCCUCCUACUCCGACCCGGUGAUCUACGCCCAUUCCAUCGAGGAUGCGAAGAAGGCCUUUGACAUCGGCACCAGGCUGGGAUUACGGAUGACCACACUUGACAUCGGCGGCAGCUUUCCGGGAGGAUCUCGGAAGAGAGAGUUGUUCUUGCAGGUGUGCGGACACGUUCGAAGGGCACUUGCAACGCACUUCCCUCCCUCGAGCGGGGUUCAGGUGCUCGCCGAGCCGGGACAGUAUUUUGUCACAUCUGCGUACUCUUUAAUUGUCAAAGUAAUUGGCAAGAAGAAGCGAAACAUCACAGUCGAUGGAGUCGCUUCUCAGCACCAAGACGUAUACAUCAACGAAAGCAUUGAUAACGCAAUUUCAGGAAAUCACUUUCCAAUUCUUGGUGUCAAGAUUCAUCCCCUAAACCCGCCAUACGAUCGUCCUCACGACCUUCUCACCACUGUGUGGGGAGGUUCCCGCAAUUCGACCGACUACGUCAUGGAAAGGGGACAGCUGUUCGACGUGGACGCGGACGAGUGGCUGCUGAUGGACAACAUGGGCUGCUACGGCAUCUCUUCGGCGCAGGGCUUCAACGGCCUAGGCUUCCCGCCCGUCAGAUACAUCGCACCAGUGGCCAUGGUGCCUUCCGUCCAGCGCAUCGUCGAUUCCAUGGUGAUGCGCGGUGGUUACGGUCAGGUCGAACAAGCCAUCAAGGCACGUACCCUCCUCGCCUGUGCGCCCUAA